AUGAAGCAAUCGUUCUAUGCUUCCUCCCAAAUCAACCCAAACUUCUCAUCAACCAACUUGUCCAAAAUUAAUUCUCCUGCUCCCAAUCGUACUAGUAGUUAUGGCCCCACCCCUCCUUUAUCAAGAAACUCCAGCAUAGCUUCGUUCCAGCAGCAACUGUCCCCCAAGAGAGGAUUCUCUCUUUUGAGUCCCCCAGUUUCAAAACCUUCAUCUCCAGAACCAGUAAGAGGCACCGCCAAUACCACCACAACCACCCCAUCGAAAUGGUCAUGGCUACCUCCUAUCGACUAUAAAGUAACAGCCCUCUGUGUAGCAUGGUACUUUACUUCCAUCAUAUCCAGCAACUCCACCAAACUCAUAUUGACAAACUACCCUUAUCCCGUAACAUUAACACAGUUCCAGUUCUUGCUCAAUUCAUGUUUAUGUAUCGUCAUGUUGGCCAUACUAGGAGUCAAGCGCAACUGGGUUGAAAAUUUACCAUCGGGCGUCCUUCCAGAAUCACUCGAUAUCAAAUCUUUAAUCACACCAACUUCCUUAAUCAUAAACACGACCUUACCCAUGGGGUGUUUCCAAUUCAUUGGCCACUUAACCAGUCAUAAAGCAACUUCAUUAAUUCCUGUAUCAUUAGUCCACACCAUAAAAUCAUUAAGUCCAAUCAUGACCGUAUUUAUCUAUCGCGCAUUAUACAACAAGAAAUUCCCCCAGAGAACUUACAUCACUUUACUUCCUUUGAUCAUGGGGAUCAUGAUGACUUGUUAUAAGCCAUCUUCAACCAGCCAUAUCAGCGGUUACAGCACGGGUCUUUUAUUUGCCUUGAUGUCAAUGAUUAUCUUUGUUAGUCAGAACAUGUUUGCCAAAAAGAGAUUGACUAUUGAGCUGGACUUGCCCAUGGCCAAACAAACUCAAAAGAAAGUGGACAAGUUGACUAUUUUGUUUUACUGUUCCAUGAUUGGAUUUGUUUUGACUAGUCCGAUAUACCUCAUGUCGGAAGUAUUUAACCAGUCUGUGUCCUUGUUCCAAUUGGACUCAUACGUCAUCACAAUGGUAUUACUUAACGGAAUCAGCCAUUUCAUUCAAUCAUUACUUGCAUUUCAAAUCUUGGGUAUGAUCAGUCCCAUCAACUAUUCCAUCGCUAACAUCCUCAAGAGAAUCUUCAUCAUAUUAGUUUCAUUUAUUUGGGAAUCUAAACAAUUUACAUCUUUACAAAGCAUCGGAUUGUUAAUCACCUUGUUUGGAUUAUAUGCUUAUGACAGAUGGGGAACUCAGCGCUAG